AUGGUUACCAGGAGGCAACAAGACAGCUAUCAUCGCGGGAACAUCUUCUGCGGCAGCUCUUUUGCUCGUUGUUACUUAAGAAGUUUUGUCUCAGAGAUUGAUACCAAGUUUACUUUUAUUUUGAUCUGUCGUUUUUUCAAAGAGCGGAAGCUACUAGGAGCUUUACUGACCUCUGUGAAUAAAUCGAAGCUCAAUUUCUGCUAUGAAACUCUUGAAAAGGCCACAAAUUACUUCCACGAUUCCAGUAAGCUGGGACAAGGAGGAUCCGGGUCGGUUUAUAAAGGAAUUUUGCCAGGAGGAAAGGUUGUUGCCGUAAAGAGGCUUUUCUUUAACACAAGCCAAUGGGUGGAUCAUUUAUUCAAUGAAGUUAGUUUGAUCAGCGGCAUCGAUCACAAAAAUCUUGUAAAGCUGCUUGGAUGCAGCAUUACAGGCCCUGAAAGUCUUCUUGUUUACGAAUAUGUGCCGAAUCAGAGCCUUCAUGAUACCCUCUUUGGUAGAAAGGAUAUUGAGCCUCUGAGGUGGGAGUUGAGAUAUAAGAUCAUAUUAGGUGCAGCUGAGGGUUUGGCUUAUCUUCAUGAGGAAUCGAAUUUGAGAAUAAUACAUAGAGACAUAAAACUUAGCAAUAUUUUGCUUGAUGAAGACUUAAAUGCCAAGAUUGCUGAUUUCGGACUCGCAAGAUUUUUUCCAGAAGAUAAGACUCACAUGAGCACUGCCAUUGCUGGCACGCUAGGUUACAUGGCCCCAGAGUAUGUUGUUCUUGGCAAGCUGACUGAGAAGGCAGAUGUUUAUAGUUUCGGCGUUGUUGUUAUUGAAGUUGUCUGUGGAAAGAGGGCCAAUGCCUUAAUUCAAAAUUCAGAUUCUCUCCUACAAAUGGUUUGGGACCUUUAUGUGAAAGGAAUAGUACACAAAGCUGUUGAUCCAGUCCUAGCGGGUAAUAUUCAACAAGAAGAAGCAUUUCAAUUGCUUCAAAUAGGCCUACUCUGUGUACAAGCCUCUGCAGAACUUCGACCAUCAAUGUCAAUAGUUGUGAAAAUGCUCACAAAUAAUCAUGAAAUACCUCAGCCAACGCAGCCCCCCUUCCUUAACCCUACUAGUGCAGAAAUUAGCUCACCGACUAGUCCUACAACUUGCAAUUCUAAGCCCGGGUCUUACAUCCAGUCUCAAGGGAAUAGCACCUCAGAAAGUUGGAUUGAACCUAGAUGAGCUGUUACUUCUAAAACCAUUCAGUAUACUGUUGCCUGUUUAUUCUAAAACCACCACAACCACUUAGUUUCAUUCAUCACUCGCCCUUUCGCUUCCUUUUACAGUUGGAGAUGAUUUUUAUGUGAACUGGUUCACUCAACUCUGCAAGCUAGCUGUUUUUGUCCCUCUAUGACCCUGUUUACUAUCAGGGGAUAUAAAGCGACUCAGGCAUUCAGCAAUACAGCAUGUACUCAUCAAAGACAACCAGGUUGUAUAUUAUGUACUAAAUCUUUAGCUAAAUGGUCAAGAGUAGGAUGUUAUUUUUUCUGUAAGUAAUAUAUAAAGCGGCGCAACAUUUUUUUUCUUCA